AGGCCCAGACGUCACACUCAUCGGAAACAUGUUGGACUGUCUCGCAGAGAGAUGAACGCCUCUCCCAAACCUGAGAUAUACCUUUAUCCUGAUAAAUAAAUAUGAUUGUGGUCGGUACGAGAAAUACUUAUAUUGUUCUGUAGUAAAAUAAUGUUUUUAAAUCUGUGUUCUGCAGCAAGAUAAUAGUAAAGGUUGAAAAAUUGUUGCUAAAAUGGAGAAGCCAGACGCCGAUGGAUAUGUCAAUGUGGUAUGGCCAAGUAAAACGAUCCCUCAUGGAGGUAUCUUCCAUACUCGCGUUGUUGAACCUUCAACUACACAACAACAAUUUCUCAAAGUGCUCUUGGAAGAGUCAAAGUUAGACAUCGCUCAACGCCGCAAGUCCGCGUUAGCGUUACGACGAGAUGACGAUAAACCUCAAAGAUCUGCAGUGCAGAUGCAGAUUCCGGUGGUACGCCCUCGCACUUCAAAACGUCGCUCGCUGUCCGCCAUCAGAGAGUCUGGUAUCUUUGAGAUGGAUCCAUACUGUCCAAAAAAACGCGGUGAAGACAGGGAAAAAUUGAAGGAGCGUUUGGCCAAAUGCAUGGAGUAUGGAAAAGAGCCCGACCAGCCUGUAAUACAGCCGCCUCCUGCUUCCAAAGUGAAGGGGCCCCCUGUAUUACCUAGUAACAAAGAGAUGUGGAACGACAUUGUUACGCAAAUACGCGAACGCGCGGAUUGGCUAGCAGAGAUGGAGUACCUCGGACAAGCAGCCCCUCACCGGGAGAUCAUUCAAGACCAGAUUGCAGAGAGAAUGAGAAUGCUGGACGCUCUGGGAGUGGACAGUACAUGCGUAUCCGCCCGGUCCUCAGCUUCGGGAUUUAGCACGACGCGCAGUAAGGAAUUGAAGACAACAAGGAGUCAAGAUAGCGCGAAAUCUGGACAAUCCAAUAGAUCGAAGAAUUCAAAGAAGCAAUCAACGCGGCCGUCGCCCAAAGGCACGAAACCAAAAGAAGAAAAUGUUGCAGCAUACGGUGGUAUUAUCACUCCUCUGCAGUAUUCGCCAAGAAGGCGUGUAUAA